UCUGUCUAACUCUUUUGAUUUUGUAAAAAGCCUUUUCAGUUUCAUCUCCCCACUGCUCGUUAAGAACACCACUAAGACAAAGAGGCGACAGAUAAAUUGAAAUAACGAAUGAGAUACUUCUGUGUUUUCGACUGUAGUUUACAAUGAUUGAUUUAACUUCAUGCUCAGUCAGAUGUGUCGAGGAAGUAAUUUAAUUGGUUAAAGAUUUUUUAGAAAGUAUUGUUUAAAUGUGGAAAUGACUUGUCAUGAAACAUAAUCCAUCCGUUCUUUUAUAGCAGCCAGGAAAUUGUGUCGCUCUCUCUUUUCAAAAUGGAUCUAACAUGUCAUUUUUGUCAUGAUCAUUAAAACAGUUUAGUCAGGAAAAAUAAGGACUUAAAAUUACAUUCGAAAUAUUCUAGCCAAUCACAAUGUACUACUCUACAACCACAAAACAAUGACACCGUUUAUUAUUUUUAAACCAAUCAGAGAAGAGAUGAAAAGUACUUAAGUUGAUAAUAAUAAAUUGUCAUGAUCGUUAAGUGUUAUUGUGAAAAUAACAUCUCGACAAGGUAGUCAGACGAAUUUACAAAUUAGCCAUUUUCUGACAAACAAGCGCAGAGUGAAACCUAUUACAUUUUUCAACUUUUAGAUUGGCGUGCAAGAGUAUGAGUCCUGAUUUUAGACGUGUCCAAUUUGAAACAUCUGCCAAAGCAAAGAAGAUAUCCAGUUUUUCAGUUUGCGAAAUAACAAAGUUACAGACAAGAAAAGACCUUGAAAUUAAAGGUCAACACACAGGUACUGCUAAAGUAUUAGAGAAAGGUGAUUUGACGAAAGAACAUGCAGUAUGCUGUGAAGUCGACAAAAAAAAGCAAUUUGUCGCACACUCGCCCAUAGAGAUUGAUCGCGAAUUCAAGACUGAAAGGGAGAAAAACCCUUCUGAGCCGUUUGACCACGAAUCAGACGAUGAAGAAAGCUUAAACGAGAAGCCGAAUCAUUCCUACAUAAGUCUGAUAGCAAAUGCCAUAUUGGCAUCAACGGAAAAGAGACUGGUACUUAGUGAAAUAUACAGUUACGUGUUGGGAAAUUUUACAUACUUUCGUGAUAAGGGUCCCGGCUGGAGAAACAGUAUUCGUCAUAAUUUGAGUCUAAAUGAGUGUUUUGUAAAAGCUGGUCGAAGCCCAAACGGAAAGGGACACUACUGGGCCAUAAAUCCUGCGAAUUAUGACGAUUUUUCGAAAGGUGAUUUCAGAAGAAGACGUGCGCAAAGACGUGCAAGAAGAGCUAUGGCUUUUCAAGAUCUACCAGAGCAAUGUCUACCAUUUUGGUAUCAUCCGUAUUUUUCUCGAGCAAACUAUUUUUCUACCAGUUACAGUAGACCGUUUAGCGCACCGUUAUUUCCGACAUCUCCAACAUCGCCACCUUUAUCGCCGUUUCAACCCACGUCAACGACGUGCUACGAAAAGCGAAGAUAUAGCUAUCCAACCGAAGUAACUAAACAUAAGGAGCAAGUGAUAGUGAAGAAACGCGCGUUCGACGUGGAAAGCUUAUUAAAAGAAGAUAAUAAAACGGACGAUAAAUCUCAACAGGUUAUAUUUACUUCCCGGUUACCAUCCCAAACUUUGGGAAAUUUACCUGACUGUUGUCAAACUAAGCGGCGUUGCUUGAUACAAUCAGUGCGUCACAGCACUGUACUACCAACAACUGGGCUGACGCCGUUCGAACACUACCGAAACUUGUACCAUUCAGCAUUAUCUGCGUCUGAUAAAUAUCGCAGAUGCCCGCCGAACGAAAAACUUCGCGUGCCUUUUUGUACAUAGAACUUAAAAACAAUUUAAUACAUUAAUUAUUUUAUAGAAGUAAAAUUAUCUUUAUUUUGUUUUAUUUAAUAUUUCUUGCCAAAGUGAAUAUAAAAUUAGUAAAAAAUUG